AUGUCCCUCCCCCUCGAGCUCCGCUUCCAAAUCUACGCCCACCUCCUCUCCCUCCCCGCCUCGUCAUCCUCCCACCACGCCCUCUCCUCCGCAUCACCACCGUCUUCAUCAUCCGACGAGCCCUCGCCGCACCACGUCCACCCAGCCAUCCUCCUCGCCAACCGCCAAAUCAACUGGGAAGCCACCCCCUUCCUCUACGCAUCCAACAUCUUCAUCGCCCACCCCUCCCUGCUCACCUCCUUCCCCCGCCUGCGCAACUGGUACCCGCCGCUCCGCGAGGCCGCCGUCCUCGUGCCCCGGAUGAUCCGCCGCUUCCACGUCCAGGUCCGCCUCGACCUGCCCCUGCCCUUUGACCGCGAAAAGGCGCGCGACGCCUUCUCCGGCCUCGACGAGCUGUCCGUCGACGUCGUCCAGGCCAUGUUCCUCGGCGUCGACUGCGCCAACCUCGCCGUCUUUGACGCCGUCCGCGGCGUCAAGAGGGUGCGCUUCGGGGGCAGCACGACCGGCUUCGAGGACUAUCUUGCUUGGCUGGCGGAUGCCAUGACGAGCCCCGUCGGGGCGGAGGUGCCGCCUUUUGAGCCCGAGUGCGAAUCGCCCUGGGCGCACAUCUGGAGCGGGUACGAAAAUCUCGUCAGAUCAUCGGUGGUCCAGGUCGAGAAAGUAGAGUAA